AUGGUAGAUAAUAGACCUGUUAUGGAACAACUUCGUAAAAUUGAUAGAAUUCUAAAUCAUUUCAAAAUGAAUAAAAUGCAUAUGGAUGAAACCAUCAUUGUCUCUUCAAUAAUUGAUAAAUUACCCCCAUCAUGGAGAGAUUUCAGAAGAAGUCUUAAACAUAAAGAGGAUGAUAUAUCACUUGAUGAUUUGACCAAAUCUUUGCGUGUGGAAGAAGAAUUUCGUUUGCGAGAUGAACCAGAGGAACAAUCAGUUCCAGAUUCCAAAGUUCAUACGGUGGAAGAAAAACAAACUUCCAAGUCUACAAAUAAGAGGGUUUUCAAUAGUCUUGGUGUUGGACAUAAAAGCAAGAAGCAAAAUGUUUCUUUUGUGGAAAACAUGACCACUUCAAGAAAGACUGUCGAUUUUGGAAAAAGAAGAAGGAGAAAGGUUAGAAAGAAUCUUGUAUUUGGUAGUUUAUUGAACAAAUUUGGGUUCAAACUUGUAUUUGAGGCAAAUAAUUUUGUUUUGUCCAAAGGGGGCAUGUUUGUUGGGAAGGGUUACUUGUGUGAUGGCAUAUUCAAACUCAAUAUUGCCAAUGACAAUAAUAAAGUUGUUUCUACUUAUAUUGUUGAGUCUGGAUUUUUAUAG